UUAAUUGGGAACAAAAGCUAAGGAUAAAAUUAGGGCAGCUCUACCCUUUCCUCAUUUUUCCUUUCUAGUCCCAGAGGCACCAACCAAUGGAAAGAUUAAGGAGAGAGUCAGGAUAAAGCCGAGACAACGCCAAGGAGAAGAAAAAAAAAAAAAGGGAAAAGCGUCAGGGAAACUGCUGAAUCGACAGGGUGUAGAACUGGGUCCCAGGAGGUUUGUUGUAUCUGGCGUUACCCAGAGUCACAGGACUAACUCUUUCUGAGGAGGAACAAAAAAAAAAAAAGUCACUUGGUGCUAUUUUACCUCUAGCGAACAACAGCGAAAAGAAUAACCGACCUUUUGGUGCAGGAUUUAAGCCGAACGGACACAGUGGGAAAUACUCCGGACUGUAUUAGCAUUCAGAGAAUGGCUGGGAGGUGGAGAUCCACGGGGGGUACCCUGGGUUGCCUGGCACUCGCCGGGCUUUUGCUAACUGCAGGGGCGUUGGAGUUCGGUGGCACCCCGGGCCAGUGGGCGCGCUACGCCCGCUGGGAGGCGGGCUCGGUCGGCGAACUGAGCUUCAGCCUGAAGACCAACGUGAGCAAAGCUCUCGUCCUCUACCUGGACGACGGAGGCAACUGCGACUUCCUGGAGCUCCUGAUCGCGGGCGGACACCUGCAGCUACGGUUCGCCAUCCACUGCGCCGAACCCGCGACCCUGCAGAUGGAGACCCGUGUCAACGACGACCGUUGGCACAUGGUUCUGCUCACCCGCAACUUUCGGGAGACCAUGCUGAUGGUGGACGGGGAGACCAAAGUGGCAGAGGUGCGUUCCAAACGAAAGGAGAUGGCGGUCGUCAGCGACCUGUUCGUCGGAGGAAUCCCGCCGGACGUCCGUCUGUCCGCGCUCACCUCCAGCACGGUGAAGUACGAGCCGCCCUUCAUGGGCCUGAUCUCUAACCUGAAGGUGGGCGAGAUGCCUCCUACCCUGCUGAACAGCCAGGGCAUCCAGAGUGACUUGGAGUACCUGUGCACCAAACAGAACCCGUGUCUGAACGGAGGCUUCUGCUCCAUCCAGUUCGGGGAGGUCCACUGUGACUGCUCACAUACUCGCUUCAAAGGGAAAUACUGCAAGGAAGGUAAAGAGGAGUCAGUGGCCACGUUUAAAGGGAAUGAGUUCUUCUGUUACGACCUGUCUCUGACACCCAUCCAAAGCAGCACGGACGAGAUCACGCUCUCCUUCCGCACGCUGCAGCGAAACGGACUCAUGCUUCACACUGGCAAGUCCGCCGACUACGUCAACCUGUCCCUGAAGAGCGGAGCUGUCUGGUUGGUCAUAAACCUGGGCUCGGGCGCGUUCGAGGCCCUGGUCGAACCCGUUAACGGAAAGUUCAACGACAACGCCUGGCAUGAUGUUCGCGUCACCAGAAACCUCCGCCAGCAUUCAGGCAUUGGACACGCUAUGGUAAACAAACUGCAUUAUAUGGUGACCAUCUCAGUGGAUGGUAUUCUCACCACCACUGGUUACACACAGGAAGACUACACCAUGUUGGGCUCGGAUGAUUUUUUCUACAUCGGCGGGAGUCCGAACACGGCGGACCUGCCCGGUUCACCCGUCAGUAACAACUUCAUGGGCUGCCUGAAAGAUGUGGUCUACAAAAACAACGACUUUAAGUUGGAGCUCUCCCGUCUCGCCAUCGAACGCGACCCGAAGAUCAGUCUCCACGGCGACCUGGUGUUCCGCUGCGAGGACGUGGCCGCUCUCGACCCCGUGACCUUCGAGACGCCCGAAUCCUACAUCGCCCUUCCCAGGUGGGACACGAAGAAAACCAGUUCCAUCUCCUUCGACUUCCGCACCACCGAGCCCAGCGGGCUGCUGCUCUUCAGUCAUGGGCGUCCCCAGGGUCCUAAAGAGCAGCGUCCAGGCAGGGAGCUGAAAACGGAUUACUUCGCCAUGGAGCUGCUGGAUGGAUUCCUCUACCUGCUGAUGGAUAUGGGCUCGGGGAGCAUUAAGUUAAAGGCCAGUAAUAAGAAAGUGAAUGACGGGGAGUGGUGUCACGUCGACUUUCAGAGGGAGGGACGUAAAGGGUCCAUAUCGGUGAACAGCAGGACAAUGCCCUUUAACACUAAUGAGGGGAGUGAGAUUUUGGACCUGGAUGGAGACAUGUACUUGGGGGGGUUACCCGAAUUGCGCCAGGGUCUGAUUCUGCCCCCGGAGGUCUGGACCGCCCUCCUCAACUACGGCUACGUGGGCUGCGUUCGCGACCUCUUCAUCGACGGGAAGAGUCGGGACGUCCGGCGUCUGGCCGAGAUCCAGAGCGCUCCGGGCGUGAGCAGCUUCUGCACGCGGGAGCUACAGAAGAGGUGCAGCAGCGCCCCCUGUGGCAACGGAGGGCAGUGCAAGGAGGGCUGGAACCGUUACAUCUGCGACUGCACUGGCACCGGAUACCUGGGCAGCAACUGCGAGAUCGAGGCGACGGUCCUGAGUUAUGAUGGGAGUAUGUACCUGAAGAUCAUCCUGCCGGGCACCAUGCACACAGAGGCAGAGGAUGUCGCCCUUCGUUUCAUGUCUCAGCGCGCCUACGGUCUCCUCAUGGCCACCACCUCCAAAGAGUCCGCCGACACGCUCCGCCUGGAGCUCGACGGGGGACGGGUGAAGCUCACCGUCAACCUAGGUAAAGGUCCAGAGACUCUGUUCGCUGGGCAGAAACUCAACGACAAUGAGUGGCACUCCGUCAGAGUCCUCCGCCGAGGCAAAAACCUGCAGCUCUCUGUGGACAACGUCACUGUGGAAGGUCAGAUGACGGGCGCCCACACUCGUCUGGAGUUCCAUAACAUCGAGACGGGAAUCAUGACCGAGCGACGUUUCAUCUCCGUCGUUCCUUCCAACUUCAUCGGCCACCUUCAGGGCCUGACGGUCAACAGCGUGCCUUACCUGGACCAGUGCAAGAACGGAGACAUUUCCUACUGCGAGCUCAACGCCCGCUUCGGCCUGCGUCACAUCAUCGCCGACCCUGUGACCUUUCGAAAUAAAGGCAGCUACCUGGCGUUAGCCACGUUACAGGCCUACGCCUCCAUGCACCUGUUUUUCCAGUUUAAGACCACCACGCCCGACGGACUCCUGCUCUUCAACAGCGGCGACGGGAGUGACUUCAUCGUUGUGGAGCUGGUCAAAGGGUACGUCCAUUACGUCUUUGACUUGGGGAACGGGCCGUCGCUCAUGAAGGGGAACUCGGAGAAACCCCUCAAUGACAACCAGUGGCACAACGUGGUGGUUUCCCGGGACACCAACAACAUCCACACGCUCAAGAUCGACUCGCGCACUGUCACUCAGCACUCCAAUGGAGCCCGUAACCUGGAUCUCAAAGGAGAGCUGUAUAUUGGUGGUGUAGCAAAGAGCAUGUAUAACAGCCUGCCUAAGCUGAUUGCGUCCCGGGACGGGUACCAGGGCUGCCUGGCCUCAGUGGACCUGAAUGGGAGACUACCAGACCUGAUCGCAGAUGCCCUCCACCGGGUGGGCCAGGUGGAACGAGGAUGUGACGGACCCAGUACCACCUGCACGGAGGACUCCUGCUAUAACCAGGGGGUGUGUCUCCAGCAGUGGGAGGGCUUCUCCUGCGACUGCACCAUGACGUCCUACGGGGGUUCGUACUGCAGCGAUCCUGGGACCACCUAUAUUUUCGGAAGAGGAGGAGCCCUCAUCACUUACACCUGGCCGCCUAACGACCGGCCCAGUACCCGGGCAGACCGGCUGGCGGUUGGCUUCAGUACCCAGCUGAAAGAGGCGGUGCUGGUACGGGUGGAGAGCGCCAAAGGACUGGGAGACUAUCUGGAGCUGCACAUAGAGCGAGGAAAGAUCGGCGUGAUCUUCAACGUGGGGACCGAUGACAUUUCCAUUGAGGAGAGUGCGGUGAUGGUGAGCGACGGGAAGUACCACGUGGUUCGUUUCACACGCAGUGGAGGAAACGCCACGCUACAGGUGGACAACCAGCCCGUCAUAGAACGCUUCCCAUCAGGGAACUUUGAUAAUGAACGCCUGGCUAUUGCUAGACAAAGAAUCCCCUACCGUCUCGGUCGUGUAGUCGACGAAUGGCUACUCGACAAAGGUCGGCAGUUGACGAUCUUUAACAGCCAGGCGUUCAUUAAGAUUGGUGGUGGAGAGAAAGGCCGUCAUUUUCAGGGACAGAUCUCGGGGCUCUAUUAUAACGGCCUGCAGGUUCUCAAACUGGCCGCGGAAGGUGACCCCAACGUACAGGUCCAGGGCAACCUGCGACUGGUCGGUGACGUGCCGUCCGUCAUGACCACGGACACUACCUCCACCACCCCGCUGGCAGAUAUGUCCACCACCAUCAUGGAAACCACCACUACCAUGGCAACAACCACCACACGCAAACAGCGCUCACCAACGAUGAGAGACAGUGUCACUCAGAACACAGAUGAUCUGUUAGUUGCAUCUGCGGAAUGCCCAAGUGAUGAUGAGGAUUUGGAGGAGUGUGAACCUGGAAAUGGUGAAUUAGUGUUGCCCAUUUUAACCGUGGACUCCCUUGACCCCCCCUCCGUGGCCACUCGAUUCCCAGUCAUCCCCCCACCCCCUACCUACCGCCCUUUCCUCACCCUGCUUGAAACCACCAAAGAGUCCCUCCCCCUCCCCAAUGGACGCCCCCCUUGCCCCUUGGACCAAGAGGACUGCGACGAACCCAUGGAGGUCUCGGCUUACGGCUCGGGCGAGAUGACCGAGUCGGACGACGAAGACUACUACAAAAACUCGCCGCUGGUCACAGACCGGACGGUCCUGCCCCCUCCCCCCGCCGCUGAGAACCCCCGCGACCGUCAUUUCUCUCGCCCGCCCAACUCUCACCGCCCCCCCGUCCCCUCCACCCCCACCGCCCACCCCGAACAGCUGGUACCCCGGCUCAAACCUGGCAGCAGCAGCAGCGGAGGGCACAUCCCGGCGGGCAAAAUGAUCACCCGCGACCAGGUGCUACUGCCGCCCGCCCAGCCGUCCGGCGACCCCGACCACAGCGGGCGGCACAGGCACAUCCCUGGCAUAACUUACCCCCCCAAUUUCCCUCAUGUGCCCACCACAGACCCCUCCUCGCCUGGUAGAGGACCCCCGGAACCGGUGGAGGUGAUCCGCGAGUCCAGCAGCACCACGGGUAUGGUGGUUGGGAUCGUGGCAGCGGCCGCCCUCUGCAUCCUCAUCCUCCUCUACGCCAUGUAUAAGUACCGGAACCGCGACGAAGGCUCCUACCAGGUGGACCAGAGUCGAAAUUACAUCAGUAAUUCGGCCACGCAAAGCAACGGAGCGCUGGUGAAGGAGAAGCAGCCGGGAACCGCCAAAACGGCCACCAAGAACAAGAAGAACAAAGACAAGGAAUACUACGUCUGA